AUGAAGCGGAUGCUGAACACAACUACUACUUCUACUGCAGCAUAUCUGAGAUUUUGUUCAAUUGAUAAUACUAGAUUAGAAGAGUUAACUGUAUAUAGUUAUGACAUUAGACUGAAAGAGAAACGUAAUACCUAUUCAAUAAAAGAUAUUAUCCUCAUAGAUUUACAAGAGAAUAAUCUUUAUGGUUUGAAUGUAUACAUUAAAGCUAUUAAUGCUAUUGUAGAUGUUCCGUCUCUAUAG